CUCCGCUCUAGUCCUCGGGGGUCUCUUACUUAGCGAAUGGCAGGGAGUGCCGCUCUAGGACUCUGGAGCCCCUCCGUGGUGGAAGCCCGCUUAAGGCCAGCGCGGGGGGGGGAGCUCCUUACUGCGCCUGCGCGAAGCCUCGCUGCCAAUCUCCCGCUCGAAGCCCGCCUUUUCCUUUCCUACCAAUCUCCCCCCGGCUUUGCGACAGGCAAAAAUCCUGCCAGUCUUCCCUCCCCCUAGACUAGAUGACCCUCAGGGGUCCCUUUCAACCCCCCCAAAUUCUAUAGAUUCUAAGAUUCUAAAGCUCAAUUGGAUACAGCAGAAAACCAGCUGCCUCUCCCAGCCCUCCAGAAUUUGGGAAUGAGGCGGGAGGGAGAGCAGCGAGCCGGGGGCGCCCCAUCUGAGAUUUGUGCCUCUGGUUCUUCCUGCCUAAAUCCAGAACCUGACAUUUGUCCCUGUGGAAGUUCUCUUUAUAAGUUUGGACCGAGUUCUCCAGCUAGGAAAUGUACUGAUUCUUUUACAUUGAAUAGAUUCACAGAAUUCUCCAGUUGGAAGGGACCCCGAGGGUCAUCCAGUCCAACCCCCUGCAAGGCAGGAAUCUUUUGCCUCACGUGGCGCUCCAACCUACGGCCCUGAGAUCGAGAGUCUCCUGCUUUACCACCGGAGCCAUUUGCUCUAAAGGGACUGGGGUCUCUCUCAAGGCCCCUCCUAAUAUGGCAACAGACUUGCAGUCUGCUACUGAACAGGUGAAGAAUAAGAAGAAUAAGAAGAUUGUUGUUGUUGAGUCGUUUAGUCGUGUCCGACUCUUCGUGACCCCAUGGACCAUAGCACGCCAGGCACUCCUGUCUUCCACUGCCUCCCGCAAUUUGGUCAAACUCAUGUUUGUAGCUUCGAGAACACUGUCCAACCAUCUCGGCCUCUGUCGUCCCCUUCUCCUUGUGCCCUCCAUCUUUCCCAACAUCAGGGUCUUUUCCAGGGAGUCUUCUCUUCUCAUGAGGUGACCAAGUUUAUUCUUUAUACCCCACCCAUCUGGGGGCAAGGUACGAGGCUUUUGUUUUGAUGGCCUCUGAGCCGAGAAUCACAGAGAACUCUGCACAUUCUCUGAACCAGGCAUCCCCAAACUGCGGCCCUCCAGAUGUUUUAGCCUACAAUUCCCAUGAUCCCUAGCUAACAGGACCAGUGGUCAGGGAUGAUGGGAAUUGUAGUCCAAAACAUCUGGAGGGCCGAAGUUUGGGGAUGCCUGCGUCUGGACCAUCCGAAUUCUGGGAGGGAGGGAGAGUGGCCAGCUGGCUGUGCUCAGCUUCCGAAGCGUUAAUUCGAACAGAGCUGGAGUCCUAGAGAGGACAGGAAGUAGAGAGAUGGGGAAGGUCCUCCAGAGCAGACCCCCCCUCCCGCAUACCCAGCCCCUUCCUGUGUCUCUUGUCUCCUCCACGUGCUGCCUCGGUUUCCCUCCUGAGAAGAAUCCGGACCCUGCAGCUUGUUUUGGCUCCUUGACUCCUCAGGAAGGAUGAAAGAGACGGAUCCUGCCAAGCUAGAGAGGAUGGAAGGGGGAAGAUGGACGGUUGACCAGAUCAGGUCGUCUCCCUCAUCCUUCCCCACAACUUCUGUGCUUCCCCUUCCAGGGACUUCCAAGAGUUCUGGACCCUGCAGCUUGUUUUGGCUUCUCGACUCCUCAGGAAGGAUGAAAGAGACGGAUCCUGCCAAGCUAGCAAGGAUGGAAGGGGGAAGAUGGACGGUUGACCUGGUCAGGUUGUCUCCCUCAUCCUUCCCCACAACUUCUGUGCUUCCCCUCCCAGGGACUUCCAAGAGUUCUGAUGGUGAUGAAUUGGAAGGGAAGAACAAGGGGGACCAGAACAGAAUCUGCAUAGUGGAGAAGCCAUAUAAAUAUUCAGAGUGUGUAGAGAACGUCCAUGACAGCUCCCAGUCCACGUCCCAUCAAAGAAAAUCCUUCGUUCAGAGGGAUAGCCUCACUUCACAUGAAAGAGGACAGCGUAGGGACAAAUUGUAUCAGUGCAGAGAAUGUGGAAAGACCUUCAGUCGGAAGGAUGGUCUCACUUUGCAUCAAAGAAUUCAUACAGGGGAGAAACCCUAUCAGUGCUUGGAAUGUGGAAAGAGCUUCAAUCGGAAGGAUAGUCUCACUUUGCAUCAAAUAAUUCAUACAGGGGAGAAACCCUAUCAGUGCUUGGAAUGUGGAAAGAGCUUCAAUCGGAAGGAUAGUCUCACUUCCCAUCAAAGAAUUCAUACAGGUGAGAAACCUUAUCAGUGCUUGGAAUGUGGUAAGAACUUCGCCUGGAAGGAAAGUCUCACUUCCCAUCAAAAAGUUCAUACAGGGGAGAAACCUUUUCAAUGCCUUGAGUGUGGAAAGAGCUUUCGUUACAGUACCAAUCUCACUUCCCAUCAAAAAACUCAUACAGGUCAGAAACCAUACCAGUGCUUUGAAUGUGGGAAGAGCUUCCGGGAGGGGCCUGAGCUCACUUCCCAUCAAAGAAUUCAUACAGGUGAGAAACCUUAUCAGUGCUUGGAAUGUGGAAAGAGCUUCAGUCAAAGCCAGCAUCUGACUUCCCAUCACAGAAUUCAUACAGGGGAGAAACCCUAUCAGUGCUUGGAAUGUGGGAUGAGCUUCAGUCAGAAGCACUAUCUGACUUCCCAUCAAAGAAUUCAUGUAGGGCAGAAACCCUAUCAGUGCUUGGACUGUGGAAAGAGCUUCCAUCGGAAGGAUGGCCUCAUGUUCCAUCAAAGAACUCAUACAGGGGAGAAACCCUAUCAGUGCUUGGAAUGCGGAAAGAGCUUCAAUCGGAAGGAUAGUCUCACUUCCCAUCAAAAAGUUCAUACAGGGGAGAAACCAUAUCAGUGCUUGGAAUGCGGAAAGAGCUUCAAUCGGAAGGAUAGUCUCACUUCCCAUCAAAGAAUUCAUACAGGGGAGAAACCAUAUCAGUGCUUGGAAUGUGGGAUGAGCUUCAGUAAAAGAUUCAAUCUCACCUCCCAUCAAAGACGUCAUACAGGGGAGAAACCUUUUCAAUGCCUUGAGUGUGGAAAGAGCUUCUGGGAGGGGGCUGAGCUCACUAUCCAUCAAAGAAUUCAUACAGGGGAGAAACCCUAUCAGUGCUUGGAAUGUGGGAAGAGCUUCAGUCAAAGAUUCAAUCUCACCUCCCAUCAAAGACUUCAUACAGGGGAGAAACCUUUUCAAUGCCUUGAGUGUGGAAAGAGCUUCAGUCACAGGCACAAUCUCACUUCCCAUCAAAAAGUUCAUACAGGGGAGAAACCCUAUCAGUGCUUGGAAUGUGGAAAGAGCUUCAGGCACAGGCAGGGUCUCACUUCUCAUCACAGAAUUCAUACAGGGGAGAAACCCUAUCAGUGCUUGGAAUGUGGGAUGAGCUUCAGUCAAAGUAGCCAUCUCACCUCCCAUCAAAUAAUUCAUACUAGAGAGACAAAGUCUUAGUGUCUGGAAUUUGGACCACCAAAUAAUCCAACUUCUUAAAAAACCCCAAUGAAGAGAAAGUUCUUCCUGAUCCUUAGGAGGAUUCUCCUUUCUUGUUACUUGAAUCCACUGGAGCAGAAGGAAACAAGCUUGCUCCAUCUUCCAUGGGAAAUCACUACAAACAGAGGAACAAAGAAUUAUUAUUCUAAUGGAAAUCCCCAUAAGACUAUUGAAAAAAGAGCCUAAGUAUAGAUUAUUGAUGGAAACAUUAAAAAAAAGAAAACCGCCCCAUUUGAUUAGGAAUAUCCAGAAGGGAUCUCGUUUGUUUAUCAAAGAACAAAACUAAGAAGUGUGGAACCAAUGAAGGCAAGUUAUUUUAUGAGAAAAUAUAAAAAAGGCUUUGGAGAAUUAGAGGAAACACAACGAGCAGAAGUAGAAGAAAAGGAGGCGGGAGAGGGGUAAAGGGACAAAAGAAGAAGACAUUGAGAUGGAUCUGAAGGUGCUCUUGUGGAACAUAAAUGGAUUUAGGAAUAAAACCAAAAGAAACCAAAUAGCACGCAGCUUGCUUAAACAAAGUUGGAGAUUAUAUAUUUACAGGAAACACAUAGAAUAGUAUCAAAUAGAAAAUUGGGCCAAGAUUUCAUGUUCUUGGACAAAACCAAGAAAAGGGGAGUGGUUUUGUAUAUUAACCCCAAAUUAGAUCCCAAACAAAUAUUCAAGGACUAGUUGUCUCCGGCCAGGCAUUGCUGUGGCUCAGUCUGUUAACUGGAACACCUCCCCCCCACCUUCAGACUCCCCCCCCCACCCAUGCAUGUCCCACGCUCCAAAUGAGAGGGUAUCUACAUUCCAUAAAGAUCUAGAGUGAUCCCCUUACGUCGCAACCAUGCCCCAAACUGUUUGUUCAAAAAAUUCCCCGCCUCUAUCUGUUUGUGUCAUCUGUAUAUCUGAGGUUGUUGAUAUUUAUUCCGGCAAUCUUAAUUCCGGUUUGGGAUUCAUCUAGUCCAGCCUUUCGCAUGAUGAAUUCUGCAUAUAAGUUAAAUAAGCAGGGAGACAAUAUACAACCUUGUCGUACUCCUUUCCCAAUUUUGAACCAAUCAGUUGGUUCAAACAACUGAUAAGUGUGCCUGGUAUCUAUGUACUGGCUCACUGGGAAAACUUCAGAAAUUCAUAUAGACACGUGAUCUCAGCUACUCAGCAGCCCCUCUGCCUGAGUGACAAUCCCUGGCAUCCUGAUACCUGAGUGCCAGACAGAAAUAGCAAACCCAGAUGAAGACAAAAGGGUGUGAUUAACUUGGCUGGGAAACAGGGAAAUGUAAAUAUCUCUUUUGUUUCACUUGGUGGGUGUGGGGUGGUGAGCAAGGGGAGGCAUAGGGCAGGGUGCAGACCUGCCACCAGACCUCCCCUUUCAUGAUGUAACCAUGAUGUAUUAGUGAUGUAGUUUUGGGGGGGGAUUAGCAGCUAAUAAAAAUUUGGGUUUUCUAUUGUACUCCAUCUUGUUUCACCUGGUGGCAGGUGGGAGUCCUGUCGCGACAGUCUUCAAUAAAGACCAAGCCUACUGGCUGCUGUUUUGCUCUGGUAUUCCUGGCUGGUGUCCUUGUUUUUUGUCCAAGGGAGCACUCAGAUUUCUCUGUUAACAGUUGAGAGACCCAUGGCUGGAAUGUAGGGAUUUUCUUUCUCCCUUUCCACCCCAUUGUUCCCCAGCAUUCGACUGGGAAGGGGUGACAACUCUUUCUUUGGACCUUUGCUCCAAGUCGACAGGUAUAACCAGUUCAAAGGG